GUACUGGCGGUGGUGCUCAUAGUAAUACUGGCGGUGAAGCCGAAGAAGCCGCAGUUCGAUCUACAGCAAGUGGCAGUGGUGUACAUGGGAAUCUCUAACCCUAGCGCUGUUCUGGAUCCAACCACCGCCUCCCUCUCCCUGACCAUCCGCAUGCUCUUCACCGCCGGCAACCCCAACAAGGUCGGGAUCAGGUACGGGGAGUCCAGCUUCACGGUGAUGUACAAAGGCAUGCCACUGGGGAGGGCGACGGUGCCCGGAUUCUACCAGGACGCGCACAGUACGAGGAACGUGGAGGCCACCAUUUCCGUCGAUAGAGUCAAUCUUAUGCAAGCCCACGCCGCCGAUCUCGUCAGAGACGCUUCCUUGAACGACCGAGUGGAGCUCACAGUCCGCGGAGACGUUGGCGCUAAGAUCCGAGUCAUGAAUUUCGAUUCACCGGGAGUUCAGGUUCUCCUUCUUCUCCCUUCUUCCCUUUCGUCACAAUCGGGGAUCUGGCCUAGCUAAGCCUAGUGUGAACACUACUAAACUCUUCUUGAC